AUGGCAGUGGUCGAACUACAGCGAACACGUACAGAGAUACUGCUUUCGAAGCAGGCUCGGUGCUCGACGAAAAAAAAGCUGUCAGGCCACGAAAGAGUCCUCCAGGUCCUCGUCCCAGACGACAGGCACCGGCGCCUUUGUCGGACCUGCCGCUCAGCAAGCCACGGCCCCUCCGUGCACCGCGGCCACGGCAGACCCUCGCGGUCGCCAGCGCCGCGCCCCCGGGGCGGCCACGGCGCCAGCGGCGAGCCCGACGAGGGCGGGUAUCGGCAGAUCCUGGAGCCAGGACUCGAGCCUGUCGAGGCCGAUGCCCGCGAGCAG